AUGGUUUCAGAUUUUCUUUCAAAUACAACACAAACAAAUGCUGAUAAAGACAAUGGUGGAGGCUCUUCCGACAACUUUGCACAUGGUGAAAUAAUUCGUAUAGUCGCAGGACUUUUUGCUGUUACUGCAACUUUGUUGUCAACGAUGUCUAUUUGGUCGCAUUUAAAAAACUAUAGAAAACCAGCAUUACAACGAUAUGUGGUGCGAAUUAUAAUAAUGGUACCUAUUUAUGCUAUAUCAUCAUGGAUUAGUUUAACAUCAACGAAUGCGGCAUUCUACGUUGAUGCUAUAAGAGAUAUUUACGAGGAUGAUUUGAAACCUUACAGACCAAUACCAAAAUUCCUUUCUACAACUGACUCGGCCGAGAGUAUUUCUGUAUCAAUUCAAGAUUUUUUAAUAACGUUUGAAAUGGUUAUGGGAUCAGUAGCGCAUUGGUAUGCAUUUUCAUUCAAAGAUUAUAUUGAUCCUAACUAUAGAUCAGGUCGUAUGCCAAUCAGAUAUGCAUUUAAAGAUUGUAUGGGAUUCAAAGAUGUUCUUGAAGACACAUUAGAAACAAUCAGAGGCUCGAGAUUCAAUUAUAGAACAUUUGAACCAGCAGAAGGCAUGGCAUAUAUAGGCCCUAGUCGGACAGCAAGAAUUAUGGCCGGAUUAAGAUUUACGGGUGGUGGGUCAGGAAAAUAUUGGUUGCCUGGACCUAAUAACUCACGUUCAUCAUUAUCUUCAGAAAGAGCGGACGACGAUGAUAAAAAUAGUUUAAAUUUUCCAGAUCCAACGCCAGACGAUGAAGUUGAAACAAUGUAUGAUUAUAGUAGAAAGUUGGGUAGAUUUGGUGAUUACAAUUUUCCAAAUAAGAAAGGUAAAGCAAGAGCAAAAGAUAUUUUCAAUAACAACGAUGAUGAUAAUGAAGAAUAUGAUUUCUUUGAAGAUGAUGAGCUUAUAAAUAAUCGUAUUAGAAAUGGGUCUUCAAGCAAAAAUCGACAAUUAAGUGAUCCGAAUGUUUCACCUUAUAGAAUAGGAUGCAUUGAUUUGGUAAGAGAAAUACCUAAUAUAGAAGAUGAUGAUGAUGACGAAACAGAUGAAACAGAUGAAUUUGAUCCUCUUGGAACAAAUCGUACUAGACAUUUGAGUAAUUCAUUAAAGUCUUUAGAAAAAAAUAUUUGGAAAGAAGACGAUUAUUUCAAUUUAUAA